UGUAAUGUUUAGUCGUCAAUUCUACCAUAACAAAUUAACAAUGGAUACUAUGUAAAUGUAUUAACUUGAAUUCAUCAUGUUUGCGAAGUAAAUUGUAAAUAACCACUAUUUCAAAAAUCUGAAAAAGAAACAAGCUGUUGAAUAAAUCUUAUAGAAAACACCUGCUGUUGAAUAUUGUAUCAUCACAGAGAUAUGAAGUAUUUGUUGCCGUUGGUGAUUCUAAUUUAUAACUGUCUAAUGAUACAAGGUGUUUUGGAAUGGACGGUUGUUGGUAAGGUUACAGAAUAUGGACAAAAUGUGACUUUAUUUUGCAAUGUUCCAAACUGCUGUCCCAAAGAUGCUGGAUGGGAUAGGUGGACUCCAGAACAACGGACACUGUUUAUAGAUGUCAAAACAGGACGACCUAAUGAAAAGUAUGAUGGGAAGGUUGAGAAAGAUGGAUACACCUUAAUUAUUCAAAACCUGACUAAAAAUGAUCUUAAUGUGUCGUAUUCCUGCUUGUAUGGUGUAACAUUCGGAGAAAGUAAAUAUCUACUGGAAGAAGACGUUUUCACCUUCAUAAGUAGUACACAACCCAAUGUUACCAGUGGAUUAUCUCAAGGUGAACUAGCUGCUUUAAUAACUGGAGUUAUUGUGUUAGUGUCAGUGUCAGUGACAAUUUCCAUUUGUUUUGGGAGACGUCUAAGAAAGAAAAGAAACGAUACAAAUGAAAACAAGAUUGUAGAGUAUAAAGUAAGAGAUGGGAAAAAGCUUGAACCUGCUGAAGUAAAUCCAUUAAUCAUUUCAGAAAAAGAAGAACAUUCAAAUCUUAAAGAGAAAAUAAAGAAAAUAGAAACUGAACAGAAAAAAGUAAUUCCAAAAAAUAUUACAGAUCAGAUACAAAGACAAAUAAAAGACUGGGAGGAGAAAGAUAAGAUGUUCGUGUCUACCAGAGCCAGUGAUUACGUCAUGGAAUGUUUACAGGACAACAGUUGCUUGACAUUAACUGCCCCAUCGGGAGUUGGAAAAUCAUUUAUUGCAAGACACACAGCACUUCUGUUAAAGAAGGAAGGAUACAAUAUAAUACCAGUGUACUCACCAACAGACAUAAGAGAUUAUUAUCAGCCUGGUAAACAGACAGUCUUCAUUGUAGAUGAUAUUUGUGGAAAUUUCAGUGCCAACCAACAACAGAUUGAUAACUGGAAACAACUGCUACCUGUGAUAAACACAAUUAUUGCAGACAAAUGUUGUAAGAUAAUUGUAUCGUGUAGGUUACAAGUCUAUAAAGAUGAAAAGUUUAAUAUAUUAUCACCUUUUAAGUCUUGUGAAUGUAACUUAAUAUCAGAUAAGUUAUGUCUUACGUCUGUAGAGAAAACAAACAUAGCAAAUACUUAUAUUGGUACAAGCAUGAAAGAUAUUCAUGAUUUAUCACAAAACUGUGAUUUUUUUCCACUAUUGUGUAGUUUAUAUCAUGAAAAAAAAGAUGUAGAUGUAAAAGAAUUUUUCAAAAAUCCUUUUGCUGUCUAUAAAAAUGAGCUAGACAGGUUAAGUGAGCAUGGUGAUGAAGAGAAAUAUAAAAUAUGUAGUCUUGCUUUAUGUGUUCUCUUUAAUAAUCACCUUGACGAAAAAUGGUUCUUGGGUAAAGUUACAAAGAGGCAAAAACAGAUCAUAAAAGACACAUAUAAUGCUUGUGGAUUGGACAGAGGAAUAUCCAAGGUAAAACUGCAACAUGCCCUUGACACCCUAGUUGGUACAUUUAUCUGUAAACAGAUUGGUAUUUAUAGAACUAUACAUGAUAAAGUAUUUGACUUUCUUGCUCAUUAUUUUGGUCAGAAAAUGAUUGAAUGUUUAAUAGAUCAUGGUGAUAGUGGUUUAGUACAUGAACGUUUCAUCUGGCAGAAAUUACCAGGUGACAUGGCCAGUAACAUAGACUUCAUUAUAGAAAUACCAGAUGAUUAUUUAGAAUCAUAUUUAGAAAGGUUUAUAAAAGACUGGUCAGCAGGAAAGGUGGCAGAUGUAUUCAGUAACAAUAAUAUUAAGGACUCAUCAUUCAGACAAAAGUUAUUACAGUACUUAAAACAACUACAUAAACCACAACAAGUAACAUUAGCCAAUACCAAGGAUACAGUGAUACCAAAGGAGAACUGUGCAUCAGGUACUACUCCACUGGUAUGGAAUUGUUAUGAUGGUUAUACUGAUGUGGUUCAGUGGUUGUUAUGUAAUGACGUAGAUGUGAAUCAGUGUAGAGAUGAUGGGGUUACUGGACUGAUCAUGGCAAGUCAUGAAGGACAUACUGAUAUAGUAAAGUUACUGUUAGAGAAGGGUCCUAAUGUUGAUCUAUGUAACAAGAAUGGCUGUAGUCCUCUGUACAAGGCAAGUCAGAAUGGACAUACUGAUAUAGUAAAGUUACUGUUAGAGAGGAAUCCUAAUGUUGAUCUAUGUAACAAUGAAGACUGUAGUCCUCUGUUACUGGCAAGUCAGGAAGGACAUACUGAUGUAGUAAAGUUACUGUUAGAGAGGAAUCCUAAUGUUGAUCUAUGUAACAAGGAUGGCUGUAGUCCUCUGAACAUGGCAAGUCAGGAAGGACAUACUGAUGUAGUAAAGUUACUGUUAGAGAGGAAUCCUAAAGUUGAUCUAUGUAACAAUGAAGACUGUAGUCCUCUGUAUAUGGCAAGUCAUAAUGGACAUACUGAUAUAGUAAAGUUACUGUUAGAGAGGAAUCCUAAUGUUGAUCUAUGUAACAAUGAUGACUGUAGUCCUCUGUACAUCGCAAGUCAGAAUGGACAUACUGAUAUAUUAAAGUUACUGUUAGAGAGGAAUCCUAAUGUUGAUCUAUGUAACAAUGAAGACUGUAGUCCUCUGUAUAUGGCAAGUCAUAAUGGACAUACUGAUAUAGUAAAGUUACUGUUAGAGAGGAAUCCUAAUGUUGAUCUAUGUAACAAGAAUGGCUGUAGUCCUCUGUACAAGGCAAGUCAAGAAGGACAUACUGAUAUAGUAAAGUUACUGUUAGAGAGGAAUCCUAAUGUUGAUCUAUGUUACAAUGAAGACUGUAGUCCUCUGUUACUGGCAAGUCAGGAAGGACAUACUGAUGUAGUAAAGUUACUGUUAGAGAGGAAUCCUAAUGUUGAUCUAUGUAACAAGGAUGGCUGUAGUCCUCUGAACAUGGCAAGUCAGGAAGGACAUACUGAUGUAGUAAAGUUACUGUUAGAGAGGAAUCCUAAUGUUGAUCUAUGUAACAAGGAUGACUGUAGUCCUCUGUACAUCGCAAGUCAGAAUGGAAAUACUGAUAUAGUAAAGUUACUGUUAGAGAGGAAUCCUAAUGUUGAUCUAUGUAACAAUGAAGACUGUAGUCCUCUGAACAUGGCAAGUCAGGAAGGACAUACUAAUGUAGUAAAGUUACUGUUAGAGAGGAAUCCUAAUGUUGAUCUAUGUAACAAGAAUGACAUUAGUCCUCUGUGCAAGGCAAGUAAUAACGGAAAUACUGAUAUAGUAAAGUUACUGUUAGAGAGGAAUCCUAAUGUUGAUCUAUGUGACAAUGAUGGCUGUAGUCCUCUCUACUGGGCAAGUCAGAAUGGACAUACUGAUAUAGUAAAGUUACUGUUAGAGAGGAAUCCUAAUCCUAAUGUUGAUCUAUGUGACAAUAAUGGUGUUACACCCCUGAUCAGUUCUUGUAUUCAUAACCACACCAGUAUAGUCCAAUUAUUAGUUAAACAUAAACCAAACAUUAAUACCAAAACAAUGUUUGGUAAUAGUGCCAUAUAUUACAGUGUACAGAAUGGACGCAUAGAUAUAACAAAGUUACUGUUAGAGAACAAUGCUGACUGUAAUAUAUGUAUCCAUAGUAAACAAGAUUUAACAGAUACAUUUACUAACCAUCCAAAGUACACAUUAGAUCAAGUAAAACAAGAAUUAUUUAAUAACCUUGUAAUGUAUACUCCAUCACAUGUAGCAGCCUAUAUCAGAAAGAAUUCAGUAGAGUAUGCCUUUGAUGUAGUAGCUGGUUCUUCUCCAUUACACAUAGCCUGUUUUAAGGGUAGCAUAGAUGUAGUCCGUUGUCUUCUGAACCACAAUGCUAACAUUAACAUGACAAAAGAAGAUGGAACAACACCAUUAUUUUAUGCAUGUGAAGUAGGACAUGAGGAUAUUGUACGUUUAUUAUUAGAUAAAGGUGCAGAUACACAGAUAUGUAGACUUGAUGGGAAAUCCCCUUUACAGAUUUCUACAGAUAAUGGACAUACUUCUAUAGUAAUGAUAUUAACAAAUCACACAAAGAAGGAGGACAAAGUUUCUUCUUAAAUCUUGUUCUUUAGUCAGUGGUUCUUUAUGACAUGUUAAAAAACAUGUAAGGGAAGUUGAAACGUUUUCUUUUAAACUCUUGUUCUUUAGUCGGUGGUUCUUUAUGACAUGUGAAAAACAUGCAAGGGAUGUUGGAAUGUUUCCUUCUAAAUUUUUGUUAAUUGACAAUUAAUAGUGUUUGCAAAAUCAAAUACAUAAUAAAAUGUGGCUGGAACAUGCUCUCUUGCUUAAACCACAUGCUAACUAAAACCCGGAUGAAGUAACAAUGGGGCAAAUCUAGUACAAGGCGUUAUCAAUUAGGUACAAUGAGAGUUGCCUUCCAUUGUACGCCUUUAGUCAGUGGUUGGUUAAUACAUGUAAAAGCAUGCAGCGAAAGACGAAAAACCUUCUUUUGUUAUUUUCUUGUUGAUAGUGUUUGUUUAAUAUGUUUGAUAUCUACUGCUAUUCAUUCCCUUACUUUCUCUUCCUUUCUUCACAUUACAUGAAUAUUUCUUAAUUUUAUGACCAGGAAUAAAAGAAACAUUUUAGAUUUAGAUACAGUAAAAGCAUUUUGUUGAUGCCAAUGAAUAAAACUGUAGACAUUGUAAUUCUAUCAUUAUACUUAGUUGUUUUCAUUUACUUCAUUGUAAUGUGAUGAGUCAGGUCAGUUUUUGUCUUAUUUGAUUUUCAAUUUAAAUGUUCAAUAUUUUACUGAUUGUAUGAUAUACCUUUUAUAUACUGUAUACAUAUAUAGACUACCAUUUUAUGUGUAUUGCUAUGUUGGUUACUGAUUGUAUGAUAUACCUUUUAUAUACUGUAUACAUAUAUAGACUACCAUUUUAUGUGUAUUGCUAUGUUGGUUACUGAUUGUAUGAUAUACCUUUUAUAUACUGUAUACAUAUAUAGACUACCAUUUUAUGUGUAUUGCUAUGGUGGUUACUGAUUGUAUGAUAUACCUUUUAUAUACUGUAUACAUAUAUAGACUACCAUUUUAUGUGUAUUGCUAUGGUGGUUACUGAUUGUAUGAGAUACCUUUUAUAUACUGUAUACAUAUAUAGACUACCAUUUUAUGUGUAUUGCUAUGGUGGUUACUGAUUGUAUGAUAUACCUUUUAUAUACUGUAUACAUAUAUAGACUACCAUUUUAUGUGUAUUGCUAUGUUGGUUACUGAUUGUAUGAGAUACCUUUUAUAUACUGUAUACAUAUAUAGACUACCAUUUUAUGUGUAUUGCUAUGUUGGUUACUGAUUGUAUGAUAUACCUUUUAUAUACUGUAUACAUAUAUAGACUACCAUUUUAUGUGUAUUGCUAUGUUGGUUACUGAUUGUAUGAGAUACCUUUUAUAUACUGUAUACAUAUAUAGACUACCAUUUUAUGUGUAUUGCUAUGGUGGUUACUGAUUGUAUGAUAUACCUUUUAUAUACUGUAUACAUAUAUAGACUACCAUUUUAUGUGUAUUGCUAUGUUGGUUACUGAUUGUAUGAUAUACCUUUUAUAUACUGUAUACAUAUAUAGACUACCAUUUUAUGUGUAUUGCUAUGGUGGUUACUGAUUGUAUGAUAUACCUUUUAUAUACUGUAUACAUAUAUAGACUACCAUUUUAUGUGUAUUGCUAUGGUGGUUACUGAUUGUAUGACAAACCUUAUAUACUGUAUACAUAUAUAGACUACCAUUUUAUUUUUAUUGCUAUGUUGGUUCAUAUUUUCUAUUGUGUAUUUAUUCCUUUGUAUAUUUUGGCUUACAUGACAAACCCCUAUAUUUUUUGUUUGGUUUUGUUUUGAUGUUGUUGGGGUACUGUCUAAUUGUAAGACAUAUUGUACUUAACAGAACUAAUUAAAUUGACACGUAAUAACAAUAUGUUCCACCGAAAAAUACAGUUAACUAUCCAGUUUUUAGAUUCAGGAAAGCUGUGACACAAAAUGUUUAUUUGGUUUUGUUGUGAUGUUGGAGUUCUGUCUAAUUUCAAGAUAUAUAUGUUGUAUUUGAUAAAACUUAUUGAAUUGACACAUAAUAACCAUAUGUUCCACCGAAAAUACAAUUAUCUAUCCAGUCUUUACAGGAAAGAUGUGACAGUGACACAGAAUGUUUAUUUGUUUUGCAACAAAUUCUUAUCAUGCUACCAAAUAUAUAUUGUAUCUCAGCAGGUCUGAAAGGCCUUGUGAGAUCUGUCAUCACUUUGGUUCCAGUGUCUGUUUUCCUAUCCAAGUCUGUUGACACACCAGCUAAAAAAAUUUAAAAAGACAUAUGGCCAACAUUUACGAUAUAUAUACAAUAGGAGAAAAAGUUCUGUUUUGAAUAUAUCAUCUGUAGAUAAAUGUCUUGCCCAUUUUAACUGAUAUCUUUAUAGGGGCAUUAGCUGUCAAAUUCAUGUUCACCGGUUUGACUCAAAUUCUCAUGUUUGAUUUAUAACAUCCUAAAACGUAUAUCCAAAUAAUAAAAAGUCUAAAAUAAACAAUUUACGAUGCACGAACUCGAUAAAAUGUAUCAGCAUUUCGUGUGUAUUUCGUCUAGACGCCAUCUAAUUAACCAUCGAAGUGACCUACGAAGACUGCCGACGAUCAUAUAACCCGAUGUCAACAUAAACAGAGAUAUAAAUAGAUAGCAAACUUGUGCAGUUGGAUUUUUCUAGGUCUGUUUGAUUUCAUAUUAUAGGUUUAAAAAAUACCUGUAUAACAGUCAGCUUUUGUAGAUCGAAUCAGUCAACCAAAUGGUUUACCCUUGUUUCACUUCCAAUGUUGAAAUUCUUUUCUUUUUGAUAGCUGAACAUGCUAGUUCAUGCAUUACCCAUCUCUAGCUAAGGGGUUCAAUUGAAGUUCACAUGAAUAAGGAUUUAAUGAGGUCGAAUUAUUCACUUGCAAGUGAAUAAUUUAUUAGCGAUGUUUCUUUGCUUAUUUUGACAAAACUGAACCAAACUGGCUGCUUAAAGCGAAUUAUUAUAUCACUAUUUCACUUUCAUUAAUGAUUGAACAAAAAAAAUCAUACUUUAGUUUUUUCUAUAUCUCGUAGCUAAUGCCCCAUUAAUAGAUAUAUAUUUUCAUAUGAUUGGGUUGAAUAUUUUGGAUUCUUUUUUCUGAUGUAACUUUGAGUCUUUAUAUUAGUGAAAUAGAACUGACAAUGAUUUUUGUUUUAUAUUUUAUGACCAGCUGGAUUUUAACAUGAUUGACAUUCUCAGUAAGGACCUUGCACAAAUGUGAACAAAAAAAUCAGUAAAGCAGGAAAGAAAUUUCAAUGUGUGCACUCUUGUUCGAGAUUUUCAAUGUGUGCACUCUUGUUUGAGAUUUUUAAUGUGUGCACUCUUGUUUGAGAUUUUUAAUGUGUGCACUCUUGUUUGAGAUUUUUAAUGUGUGCACUCUUGUUUGAGAUUUUUAAUGUGUGCACUCUUGUUUGAGAUUUUUAAUGUGUGCACUCUUGUUGCAGAUUCUAUUUAUCUUAUUGUUUCGUCAUUCUAUAUAACAUUGUAGAGUAAAGCAUCAAUAGGAAAUGAAUUUUCAGCAUCACAUCUCUGAUCGUUUUCAUGACCCCCCCCCCUUAAAACAAGUUAAUGUCCAACAUCACAGUAUUUACUGUCUUUAGAGGUCAUGUAAGCAAUGCAGACUGUGGUUAACAGCUAAAUGCCUUGUAAAGUUAUAAUUUAUAAUUAUUAGUUACAACUUAAACUGAUCUUAAUAACUUUUGAUUGUUUGAUUUUUUUAUUGUCUACAUUGUAAUAUAGUUAUACAAAAAAGUCAUAUUGUUGAUAUAAUAUGUCUCAGAAAAAACAAUCAUAAUAAAAUCAUUUAUUAGUUU